CUUUCGCAGUGUUCGCACUUGUCGCGCAAUAGUAAACCAACCAACGUCAAAUAACGGAAUUAAGUACCAGCCCAUUGAAAUCGUUUAUCGAGAACUCGCAAAUGUCGCAACGUAUCAUGCGUCACGCCCCCCUGGGCGCCAGGGGCGGACUGUUGCUGGCCGCGCUCCUCUGGCUGGGCGUGGGGCAGCAGCUGCCGCUGGCCGCCGGCGGCUCGUGCCGGGAAGCGCAGCUCUGCUGCAACGGACGCGACUCGUCGUGCGUGGUGCAAAAGGCGCCGGUCAAUGCGAUCAUCGAGGAUCUGAGCGACAAGCCAUGCUACUGCGAUCACGCCUGCCUCAAGCUGGGCGACUGCUGUGACGACUUCAAGGAUCACUGUGGAGUGCUGGACUGCCAGGUGGGCGAUUGGGGGGCGUGGAGCGAAUGCGACAAGAGCUGCGGAGCUGGAAUGAUGACGCGGACGCGCCAAAUCCUGCAGGCGGUCCAAAACGGCGGCAAGCACUGCCCCUCGCUGCUCCAGAAGCGCGCCUGCCAGGGCUAUCGCUGUCACGGCCAUCGCGAUAAGAAGAUUUUGCGCGAGAUGGCCCUGCUGCUGCCCGCCGCCCUCUCCCGCAGCCACCAUGCGAACAACAGCAGCGACCUGCACCACAAUCUGCGCACGCGCUACCGCGACUCCUACAAGCACAAUCGGGAUCAUGAAUACUGCGUAGAGUUCGAGGUAAUCAAGGCUUCGAAGGCCUGCCACAAGCUGCCGCCCUACAAUCUAAUGCUAGAAGGCGAUCGCAUUACGGUUCGCUGUGACCUCGAGGCGCUCGUCCAGGAUGCAGCAACAGCUACCGCAGGUGGCAAGCAGGGCAGCCGUGGAGCAGCUGCAACCACGACGACUACAACACGCAAGACUCCAAUGGCUCAGCCCUAUUCGAUGGACGAUGGCGACGACGCAGACCGGCUGGACAGCAGCAGUAGCAGCAGCAGCAGCAACAACGAGGAUGACAACGAGGACGACGAGGAGGAAACUAGUGAGGAGGACGAUGCCCAGAACAUGCUCGAGCCUGAAGCUGAACCGGAACCGGAACCGGAAACGGAAGUGGGCAGCAAUGAAAGCCACGAAUACAAGCACCAGCGCCAGUUGCAUCGUGCACGCUCCGCGACUUCCAAACGAAGCGCCGCUCCAAUCUUGCCGCCAGCGCUCCAGCAGAAGCAGCGGGAGGAGGAGGAGCAGCAACAGCUGCUGCUGAGCUAUCAUUGCCGUGGCGAGGGGCUGUCGGGGCGCACGACGCGCUGGAGCGCGCUGCCGGCGCCGUCGUGUCGCGGCAAAUGGCUGCGUCUGACCAUCGGUCCGCCCAAGAAAUGCAACCAUGCGCAGUUCAUCUUCGUCUAAACCAGCAAAUGGCAUUGCGUCGAAAUUGCUUCUUUUUUUUUUUGUGGUGAACCAUCCGAUUGACACGUCAAUAUAUAGAGUAUGGUAUCAGUAUGUGUAGGGUAAACGCGUAGUCUAUGUAGCGAGUACACAGUUCCCCGAUUCCCCGAUUCCCAGACCCCAGCUCCAGAACCCAGCUCCAGACCCCAGCUGCAGACCCCAGCUCCAGCCCCGCACCCGACUAGCCUGAAUGGUUGCUGCCACGCGCUCACUCAUCCAUAUCAUAUCCUAGCAUCAUAUCGAACUUGCAGCUGUCUAUAACUCAAUAAGCGCCCCUUCCUCAACCCCUCACCCACACUCACACACACACUGAGACAAGAGCUCGCAUAUAAGUGUUUAAACUUUAAGAAAGUUAAUUAAGAAUUGAAAUAAAGUGUACGUGUUUUUUUUUUGUCUCCACAAGCCCCACUCUCUCUUUCACCCUCUCUCUCACUCUCUCUCUCUCUCUUUCUCUCUCUCUCACACACUCACUCCAUGCAUAAUCAAUGUACCAACCAAAUAAAGAAGCUAUAAGAAAGACAAGUUUACUUCGGGCUCCGAAGUUGAAAUACCCUUACAGAAGUAGAGAAAUAUGAAAAUGGCAUAGACAAGAUUAUGCCAAUUGCAGCUAUAUGGCAUGCUAUAUUAUAAUAUAUAGAAUAACUAUUUAAUAAUAUAUGAAGCAUUGUUAAGGAAAAGCAAACCAUAUUUUCCAAAGAAUUUUCCCAGUGCACCCAUUAAUAUAGUUGUCCGAUGUUGGAAAGAUUUUGCUCAUAUGUUGGGCGCAUGAUAUGAAUAAUAAAUAUCGAAUAUAUAAUUGUCCGAUCCGUCCGACUUAGACAUAUAUAUAUGCUCCAUGCUCGAUGCUCCAUACACAUUUGAGGACACAAUUUGACUAACCUUUGCAAGGGUAUUUGUGGAGAGGAGAGUGCAAUAAUCGCUCGCUAUUAACACGCAAUUUCAAUUGUUGUCCGUUGCGGCGAGUUCUUACUGUACCAACGUUGUAAAUAGAUCAUUUACCCAGUGUCCAAAGCUGGAAAUGACACAACACAAUUUACCGACAAGUCUUCUCCAAGCAGUAGAAGAAGAAGAAGAAGCAGCGGCUACAACUAACUAGCGCUCCGAACCGCCCGCCACCCCGUAAACCCCUUUAGCAUAGAUAUAUUUAUAUAUAUAUAUAUAUAUGUGUGUGUAUUCCCACUAGGGAUUGGAUUCAAGGCAGCGCACUUAGCCUGUCCGCAUAGAAAUGAAUGUACCCCAUCCAGAUAGCCAUAAGAGAUGCACCCACACACACACCAACACACACAUACAUGUGCAGCAACAAUUUGUAGUGUAUGUGCUUCCGUCGGCUUAGACAUAUGCAAUUAACAGUUAAUAUAUUACUUAAACACUCGCCCUUGCAUGCAUGUGUAUAUCAUGCUUAACCAUUAGCUCUUCAUUUUACUUGCAAAACUAGUCCUAAGCACACACACACACACCCACACACACACACACACCUACACACGCACACACACAUGCAGUUCCCAUCGCAUAAGAUCAGAAUGCAUUUCUUCGUGUAGAUGGAGUAUUCCACAAAUUCAAGAAUAAUUUAAAACUGCAAAUCUAAUUAAAAAAAGACGUUCAUAACUCUUAAAUCUCCUCAACUCUUCUCAACUCUUUUGAACUCUUCUCAACUCUUUUGAGCUCUUCGCAACUAUUCCCAACUCUUCACUCGAAGAAUAAACCAAGCUUUUCUUUGCUAUUUUUGAAAUAUUUCUAGAUGAAGUUUUCUACAAAUUUCAGAAUAUUUAUAAACUGAAAAUCUUAAUAAAAAGACGUUCAUAGUUGUAUUUGUGGCAUAGUAGAAAUAUUUACCAAAAGCGUUCUUCUCUGUGUGUUUCUUCCGGGCGAUACGAUAAGAAAGUGUUUCGCCUGGUAGAUAGAAUAGCGAUAGCUUUUCUAUCAGCAAUUUUUUUGCUCACUUUGCAAGCAUCGUCGCUUAGAUGUCUUGUGCCGUUCUCAAGCAUCGCCAAACUAUCUUCUCGGCGUUAAGAAACACCUUUGCACUCGCAUAUUUGAGAGCACAGAUCAGUUCCCAGAGUUUCAGCUAAAAACGUGAAACCCAAUUUAUGUGUCCAACAUACACACACACGCACACCCUUACCCAUGGAAAGAUAUAUAUCAGAAAGCAAAAAAGAAAAGAAAAAUUAAAUGAAAUAAAAGUUCUUUGGGCUAAAAAAAAAAAAAGAAAAAAGAAAAUUCAAAAUAAACUUUAAGGCACAUACGAAAGAAAAUCCAGAAAGAAAAACUAAAAUAAUUAUUCGACUAAUGUAAUGAAAAAUUGAGCAUUCACAAUAAAGAAACAAAUAUAAUUUUGAAAACAAA